AUGAAGAGACCAAGACCAUCGUUCAUUUCAUCUUUGCACACCCUCUUUUUCAAACCAGAGCUUUUCAUUGCCCUAGAUUCUGCAGAUCACUAUUUGCUUCUCCUUAGAAAGAGGAACCAAAAAUCGCAGCAUAUUUUAGCUGAACCCCUCAGGGAAGGUUCCAAUAUGCCUUUGAUGUCGUCUUUCUUCAGUUGCUUCACUUCAUCCUCCUCAGGUCAAGUUUGUGACUAUGCCCAAGGAUCAUCUCAAUUGAAAUCUCCAUCUUCAGAGAAACCAAAGACCAAACCGAAAUCAAAGGAAGCUCCUCUGGUUGUUCCCUAUUUCCCUGUUAAUCGUUACCCCUCACUCUUGUAG